AUGGACGUCAGACUAACAAUUGGUUUCGGUCAGCAAUACUUCUUCAAGCCAACUUAUUUCAUUAUCUCUUCCAACGGUGAAUACGACCUCGUUAAAGCAGCUGCUGAAGAAAUUGCACAGAGUGAAGCAGCAAAAGAAAACGAUGAUCAUGCUAACGAUAAUAGAUCGUUGAUGGAUACUGAUCAUAGUAGCAGUAUAGAGGGGUCCGAAUCUGAAAUGAAAUAA